AUGGUCCCGUUUUUUCUAUUUGUUAAAGUUGGUGGGUUUGGUUUCUUCCGUGGGUGUCAGCACGGAUUUAAUUACCAGCACAAGCGUGGUCUUGUGAAUGUGAAGUUGAAAUGGGUGAAAGAUAGGGGAUUGGAUGCUGUUGUGACCGCUGUGAGAGAUCUCAAAGCUGCCUGUAUUCUUGUUUCCAUUAUCUCAUCCUCACCUCAGUGCUGCCUCCCCAUAUACCGUCUCUCUUGCCAUCGUGGACAACUCAGUCUUCCUUGUGAUCUGAAGCUCUCUACUUUUAUUAGGAAAUUUCCUUCUGUUUUUGUUGAGUCCCACACAUUUUGGAGUGGAGGUGCUCGUGUCCCAUGCUUUAGCUUGACUCCUGAAGCCCUACAACUCUACCAUGAGGAACUCAAUGUCCUUCAGGAGAAUCAGAUGGAUCUCAUUAAUAGGCUUCAAAAACUGCUCAUGCUUACCCAGGGUUGGACCCUUCCUUUACAAACCCUUGACCAACUGAAAUGGGACCUGGGCUUGCCAUAUGAUUACCAGGACUCAGUCAUUCCACAUCACCCUGACCUAUUCUCUUUCAUCCGCCUCCCCGAUGACCGUGUUGGCUUGAAGCUCUUAUCCUGGGACGAGGACCUCGCUGUCUCCCAAUUGCAAAAGAAUUCUGCUAUACAACAGAAGGAAGAAGAUGCAAGAAGUGGCUGUUUAGCUUUUCCUGUUGGAUUUACGAGGGGUUUUGGAUUGAAGAGAAAAUGCAUGGAGUGGUUGAAAGAGUGGCAGACCCUCCCUUAUACUUCACCGUACUCUGAUGCCUCUCAUUUAGAUCCUCGUACAGAUGUAUCGGAGAAGAGGAUUGUAGGGGUUUUUCAUGAGCUUCUUCAACUAACCAUACACAAGAAAACUGAGCGUAAGAAUGUGAGCAACCUUCGUAAACCUUUGGCCCUACCCCAGAAGUUCACUAAAGUGUUUGAGCGCCAUCCAGGUAUUUUCUACAUUUCAAAAAAGUGUGCCACUCAAACUGUCAUUCUAAGGGAAGCCUAUAACCAUCAACAACUCUUGCAAAAACACCCCACUGUAGAUUUGAGGGAAAGAUUUGCAAGGCUGUUAAGAAAAGGGCUCCUGGAUAGGAGCAAAGGUUUAUACAAGAAGAGUAAAGGUGAUGGUGUAGAAGUAGAUCCACAUGUUGAUGAUAUCGGUAAUAACCAAUCCAGUUCCGAAGAGGAGUCAGUUAACAAUUUGUUUUAUGAGUACGACUCCGAUAAACCAGACGAACCUAGGAUUCAGUUGUGA